GAAACCUUUUCAGCCAACUCUGUAAACCAGAAACAGAGGUCUGGAAAUAGAAACUAAAUCUUACCCUCAUUGCAGUCCCUCCCUUUAAGGACAAGAGCACCAAGACACCAACACUGUGCAUCGAUCUGUUUCCUGAACAUCCCAGCUUAGAGGAUUCCAAAGAGAGCUACCCCAGUGACCUUGCUCCCAGAGAAGAAGGAGGUGACAUCACAGGAGGGCCACUGGCAUCACGGCUCAGGAACAGUACCAUCGACACACGUCCAAGGCAUGGGUCAGACUUCCUCUUCUACACCCCCUCCAAAAGAGGAUCCUGAUUUGACCUCCAGCUUUGGCACAAAUCUUCAGAAUUUCAAGAUGAAAACCAAAAUCCUGUCUCAGGAAUUAAUUGCCUUCAUUGAAUCAUCCCUAGAGGAUGGAAACCUUCAGGAAACAGUUUCUGCAAUCAGCAGUGCUCUGGGUGGCAUAGAGAAAGCCCCACUGAACAUUGCAGUGAUGGGGGAGACUGGGGCUGGAAAGUCCAGUCUCAUCAAUGCUCUCCAGGGAGUGGGGGAUGAUGAAGAAGGUGCAGCUGCUUCCACAGGGGUGGUACAUACAACCACUGAGAGAACACCAUACACUUACACAAAGUUUCCCAGUGUGACACUGUGGGACCUGCCUGGCAUUGGAUCUACUGCCUUCCAACCACAUGAUUAUCUGAAGAAAAUCGAGUUUGAGGAGUAUGACUUCUUCAUUAUUGUCUCUUCCGGACGCUUUAAACAUAAUGACGCAGAACUUGCCAAAGCCAUUGUGCAAAUGAAUAGGAGUUUCUAUUUUGUUCGAACCCACACAGAUCUUGAUUUAAUGGUUGUAAAACGGAGUAAUCCUAGGAGAUUCAACAGAGAGAACACAUUAAAGCAGAUUCGACAUACCAUUUCAAGUAUGCUUAAGGAAGUUACCCACCAGGAGCCUCCAGUCUUCUUAGUCUCUAACUUUGAUGUGUCUGACUUUGACUUCCCAAAGCUGGAAUCCACCCUUCUGAGCCAGCUCCCAGCCUACAAACACCACAUGUUCAUGCUCACUUUGCCUAUUGUUACAGAUUCCACCAUAGACCGGAAGAGGGAUAUGCUGAAACAAAAGGUCUGGAAGGAAUCCACAAUGCCAAGAGCAUGGGCUACCAUACCAUCCCUGGGACUGACCCAAAAGGACAUGGAGAUGUUGCAACAGACUUUGAAUGACUAUAGAUCUUCCUUUGGCCUGGAUGAGGCAUCACUGGAAAACAUCGCUGAGGAUUUGAACGUGACACUGGAGGAGCUCAAGGCAAACAUUAAGUCUCCACAUUUGCUCUCAGAUGAGCCAGAUACAUCCUUAACGGAGAAACUAUUGAAGUACAUUGGAAAUCCUUACUUUUCAAAGGUUUUCCAUUUGCAAAAUUAUUUCAUUGACACGGUUGCGAGCGAUGUUAAAAUUAUCCUCAGUAAAGAAGAGCUUUUCACAGAGCAGGUGAGCUCAUUCAACUCUAAGGCCUCUCUAUAUCGGGAGGAGUCCGUGGGCAAAGUGUUUCCAGUUGGUCCAGGAAGCACCUUUCUAUUUCAUUUCAUUGAAAUGUUUCAAAGUGACUCUGACGAACUUUGUCAUGUCCAUGUUCUGCUCCUGUUGACAUCCGGGGGCCUCUCUAGUGAGACUGUUACAUGAUGCACUCCUAAGGCUUUUCGUUGUAAAUCAUCUCAUUUCUCUGGUGUUUAUUUGCUUUGUAUUUACGAAGUGUUUCACUUAGAUGGCAUGCUACUUGUCAGUUCCCUUUUGAUCCUACGCUUUGCUGACCCCAUGUGGGACAAUCUGAUGAAGCUUUUCAUACCUGUUUCCCUUUAAGAUGUUCAAGGUUUCCAUAUUACAGUAAGCUCUUUGGGACACAUAGGGUUGCUUUUUGUAUAGCGUGAAGGGUGAGGGUUAGGGUUUAGUCUUGGCUGAUGCCCAGUUUUCCCAAUUCCAUUCUUCAAACAAUGUGUCCUUUGUGCAGUAUGAGUAUUUGGAAGCCUUGCUGAGAUACUGGCUGACUGUAGAUGCAUUCUGUUGCCUGCAUGGUUAUGGAUAUAUUUCUGGGUUCACUCUUUCUGUCAGCUUGAUGGUCCAUGAGUCUGUCUUCAUGCAGUUAUUGGACUGUUUUUGUCACUGUGGCUCUGUGCUAUGCCUUGAAAUCAGGUAUUGUAGUGACUCCUAGCCCUGUUGGUUUUGAUCAAUAUUGUUUUGGCUAUUUGCAGUCUUCUGUGUUCCCAUGUGAGUUUUAUGAUCCCACAGUCCAGUUCUAUUCUUACUGGCAUUGAUGUUCUAGUUGAGAUUGCAUUGAGUCUAUAGAUCACUUUCUGAAGUAUGGACACUUUGACAAUGUUAAAGUUUAUAAACUAUAAACACGGGGAUCUUAGCAUC